AUGAGGGAGAAAGCGACCAUGCCUCCCUCAGAGACGACCCCGCUUCUCCUGGUCCAUGUCGCGCCUCAGCGGCACCAGUACCCUCAUAACAAGCUUCGCCGAGCCUGCACUUUUUCCCUAGGCCUGCUCUUGACCAUUGCUUUGAUUCUAUUUUUAUUCCCUAUAGCCAUUCUCCCGCGAGAGGGUGGCUCCAUUUGGUCCUACCUUCCCUGGGCGCAUUCGUAUCCCGAGCACUGGCCGAGCGGGAACGGUCUCGACUACGAAGAGCUCCAGACUCUCCUCCUCGGGACACCGUCCGCAGCCCGCGCACGCGAAUGGAGCAAAUACUACACCGCCGGGCCACACCUUGCGGGCAAGAAUCUCAGCCAGGCGCUAUGGACGAAAGACCGAUGGGAGGAGUUCGGCAUUACCGAUACCAAGAUCGUCUCCUACGACGUUUACCUCAACUACCCCGUUGAUCAUCGAUUGGCGUUGCUGGAGGGUAAUAAGGUCACAUUUGAAGCUUCUCUGGAAGAGGACGUGCUCGAGGAAGAUAGCACUAGCGGUUUGCCAGACCGUGUGCCAACCUUCCAUGGCUACUCUGCGAAUGGGAACGUUACCGCGCCUUUCGUCUAUGCCAACUUUGGUACCUAUGCCGACUUCGACGACCUAAUCAAUGCAAACGUGAGCAUUAAGGGGGCCGUGGUUCUAGCAAAGUACGGUCGCGUCUUUAGAGGUUUAAAGGUGAAACGGGCACAGGAGCUUGGGGCAGUGGGCGUUAUUUUGUACGACGACCCGCAGAUGGAUGGAGAGUUCACGGAGGAACAUGGCUAUAAGCCGUAUCCGGAGGGGCCAGCGAGAAACCCUAGCGCCGUUCAGCGCGGAAGCACCCAGUUCUUGAGCUUUGCCCCAGGUGAUCCUACUACUCCAGGAUGGCCAUCGAAACCAGGAAGCGACCGACAAGAUCCUCAUGAUUUUAUCCCGUCCAUCCCCUCAAUUCCCGUCUCAUACAAAGAAGUACUACCCCUCCUCAAAGCUUUGAAUGGCCAUGGUCCGAAGGCAUCUGAUUUCAAUGAAUGGUGGCAAGGUGGAGGUCUCAGCUAUAAAGGCGUCGAGUACAACAUCGGACCUUCGCCAGACGAUGUCGUCGUCAACCUGUACAACGAACAGGAGUAUGUCACUACUCCCAUCUGGAACGUUAUCGGUGUCAUUCCCGGCUCACUUCCCGACGUCGUGAUUCUGGGUAACCAUCGCGAUGCUUGGAUUGCUGGCGGCGCAGGCGAUCCUAACAGUGGCUCCGCUGUGUUGAACGAAGUCAUCCGCAGCUUUGGAGAGGCCCUCAAGGCUGGCUGGAAGCCUCUUCGUACUAUCGUCUUCGCAAGCUGGGACGGGGAGGAGUACGGGCUACUAGGCUCUACAGAAUGGGUGGAAGACAACCUCCCUUGGCUCUCCAAAUCCAACGUUGCGUACCUGAACGUCGACGUUGCUGCGUCUGGUACCUUCCUCGGUCCUACAGCAAGCCCACUAUUGAAUAAACUCAUCUAUGAGGUUACUGGCCUUGUCCAGUCUCCAAACCAGACCGUCAAGGGACAGACAGUCCGCGAUGUGUGGAACGGGCACAUCGGAACGAUGGGUAGCGGUAGCGAUUUUACCGCAUUCCAGGACUUUGCUGGAAUCCCUAGCUACGAUCUCGGCUUCAGCCGUGGGCCUCAAGACCCUGUGUAUCACUACCACUCCAACUAUGACAGCUUCGAUUGGAUGCAACGAUUUGGUGACCCGCAGUGGCUCUACCACGAAGCGUGCACCAAGAUUUGGGCUCUGGCUGCGGCGAAACUGGCAGAGACCCCAGUCCUGUUCUUCAACGCCACUGAUUACGGCUUGGGGCUGCAAGGAUAUGUCGACCGAAUUCAGCAUUAUGCCGACAACUUGCCGGACGGAAAGACCUUUGACUUCGGACCACUAUAUAAUGCCAUCAGUAAGCUCCAAAAGGUCGCGAUCAAGUUUGAUGCCUAUGCAGCGGCCUUGACGUCUCAGCUAGACGAGGAUCUCCCUUGGUAUCUGUGGUGGAAGAAAGUCAGGCUGUUCUUCUUGAUCUACGAAGUCAACACCAAGUACAAGAACAUUGAGCGCCAGUUCCUAUACCAGCCGGGAUUGGAUGGACGCAGCUGGUUCAAGCACGUGGUGUUCGCACCUGGGCUCUGGACAGGUUAUGCCGGUGCGACGUACCCCAGUCUCGUGGAGAGUCUAGAAGCCGGAGAUGUAGAGAACGCCGAGAAAUGGCGUGGUAUCAUUAUCGAGCGAGUCGUUGCUGCGACAGAACUACUGCACUACUAG